AUGGGAGAUGAUGAUGAAACAAGGAGUGGGUGGAGGUUUGAUCCCUUCGAUCAAGAAUUAAUCGCUGAUUAUCUCAAGCCCAGGAUUACCAGAAAACAAUUCUCAUGCACUCUUGUCAAGAACAGAGAAGUGUAUGGCCCUUGUUCCAAUCCAUGGCAAGUUUUUGAUCCCAAGGAUGAAUGUUGGCUCAAGUCCCCUCGUAUUAAACCCUCUCAGAAGUACAUGUUUGUGUUCACCAGAUUGUCCAAACUAUCAAGCAGUGCUGCUUCCAAAAACACCUCCAAAAAAGCGGGGUGUGGGACUUGGGUUGGCAAGACAAGUCGGAAGAAAAUCAGGGAUGAUAAGGGCGAUUUGAUUGGGGAGAGCAGAUAUUUGGUGUUUGAAAUCAAUGAGACUCAUUCUGCAGCACUUGGGGUGGGAGUUGAUUUAAAUAAACUCGGUUCUUAUACAAUGCAUGAGUAUCGAUUGAGUGGAAUAAACGAAGCACUCAAUUCUGCUGAGGAUACUGUUGUUAUUUGUAAAAUCACUCACGAUUCUUCUAAGACUCCCACUAUUGCUCUCAAGUCGGGUGCCACAAUGGCUAAUUGUGUGUCUGGAAGUACUAGUGAAGCUCGAUUUAAAGAAGACAGCGACAAAAAUCUUGGAGGAACCGGCAGUCUGACAACAGAAAAUCUGACUAAAGUAGAUGGUGCUGUUUGUAAUGAUCUUGAUGGUGCUGUUUGUGAUGAUCUUGAUGGAAGAAAUACUCUGACUUCAGAAAAUCUGAUCACAGUGGAUAAUGUUGAGGAAAGCGGGAUUUUAACCUCACAAAGUUUGGCUGUGAUAAACAGUGAUGUUGGUGAAUUGUAUGAACCUCUAGAUUACAAUGAUCUUUCAGUUUGGGAUGAUCUAGAUAUCAAUGAUCUUUCAGUUUGGGAUGAUUGUGGUGGGGGUUUCGGUCUUGAUGACCUCCCUAGUGGAGAUAUUUGUUUGGAUGAGCUAGGUGGUUAUGACACAGAUUGGAUAAUGGCAUGUCUGGAUUCUAAUCACCAAGAGGAGCCUGUUGAAAACAGCAAACCUGGGAAAAGAAAAUUUGAAGACGAAGAGAAUUCAUGCCCGAACAAGAAGACCUGUCUCUAG